AUGAAUAUGGGUUGCUUUGCUUCUAAAUUAAAUGAAAAAACUGAAUCUAUCAAUUCACAAAAUUCACAGUCAGAAUUUCGAUAUUCUGAUAGUAGAAGAUAUCAUAAUAUAAAAGAUUCAUAUAUCCUCUACAACUUUUCUGCUCCCGUUGAACAUGUUUUAUCUAAACCGGGAUCCAAAAUUCUAGAUAUUGG